UUCUUCCCACUAAAUGGUUCCAAGUCCAAGGUCCUCCUCGUCUAACCUUGACAAGAAUGGCAGUCCUUGGGUCCUCCCUUCAAUCAGCACAAGAAUUUCGGGCGGUCUUCACACGCAAAACUUUCUUCUUCUCUCUCUCUCUCUCCCUCCCCCACCCUCUCUCGCACUCUGCUCUUCCACCAACUCUUUUGACUAUUAAAACCGUUGACUCUGUGGACUUCCUUCCUUGCUUGCUUCCUUCCCCUCCUCCUCCUCCUCCUCCUCCUCACGUGAAGCUCCUCACCCCUUUCUUCUUCCCACUCUCCCGGUCCCAGAUACCCUUUUCUUGAUUCAUCUCGGGUUGCUCUCUUUCGCUUCUAGGAUUCUGUACAGGCAUGGUGCUUCUUAAAGGCCGAAGCUUUCGCCUUUUUCUCAUCGUCGUGUUUCUUGGGUUGUCGCUCUGUAUAGUUCCGAUCCGUGGGGAUGAGCGCGAUGUUGAUUGCCUGAGAAGCAUAUGGGAAUCGGUCGAAGACCCUUAUCAUUACUUAAAAAGCACGUGGAAUUUCAGCAACAUUAGCAAAGGCGCCAUCUGCUCUUUCACCGGUGUCGAGUGCUGGCACCCGGACGACAAUAAGGUCCUCAACGUCAAGCUCGGGAACAUGAAACUCAAGGGGUCCUUCCCUCUCGGCCUCGCGAAUUGCACGAGCCUGACAGGGUUGGACCUCUCGAACAACGAUUUCUCGGGACCUCUCCCUUCCAAUAUAUCGAAGAUCGUCGUGUACUUGACUGCCUUGGACCUGUCGUCAAAUAACUUCUCGGGUCAAAUCCCUGCAGACCUCGCGGAAUGCAAAUAUCUGAACGUACUCAAUCUGGACCACAACCAGUUCUCGGGUCAGAUUCCUGCAGAGCUCGGCUUGCUCAACCGGAUAAAGACAUUCAGUGUAGCCAACAAUCUUCUAUCAGGGCCGAUCCCAAAGUUCCAGGCAAAUUUUACGGAAGAAGACUUUGCUAAUAAUCCCGGGCUCUGCGGAGCACCUCUACCUCCUUGUAAUAUAUAAAAGCCGAGCAGUAACGUCGUCAAGCUGCCACAUAACGAAAAUGAGAACUCUUAGCUCCUCAUUCGAAUGACUUUUCUUUUCCGUUACAUGAAUAAUAGCUCAUUUCACCUUUUACGUUCGAUUUAGUGUAUAUCCAUUUAAGUGUCUCUAGUAUUUGUAUAGUGUCAAAGAAAUAAAGAGUUUUCUCGAGAAAUGAGAAGUUAUUGCUACAUGACAGGUUUUUAAAUUAAUGUAAUGAUACAUGUAACAAAUAUUAUGCA